AUGUCACUGCCCUUGUCAUGGGGGCAGCAGCUGAUAAGCAUUACACAAAAGUUCAGGAAAAUGAAAGCUCUCAAGUCCAAGAAAGCACAGGUUGUAGAACAGCGGGCAGAUCCUUCCUGCAAAAUAUGGUACAUCUGCAAAGGAACGCUUGUUUACCGUAGGAAGGCGGUUCCCCUUAGCCAUGGGGCAAUGCCGCAAGGUGCACAAAAGCCUGAUGCUCAACAGUUUUCAGUGGAUAGAUCAACUAGCUUGUCAGAUAUGUGGUGUGUUUCAAAUACAUGGCUACACAAACCAAAUCUCAGACGAUCCGACGGUAAUGAAAAGGAAACUGUUAACGAAUUUGACGAGGCUGAUAACAAAUUCCAGCAUAUGCUCCAGGAGUUGGAGAGUGUAAGAAAACAAGCUUACGAAGACAACUGCAGUCGUGAAAAGGCAGAAAGGGAGUUGUUUGAGGCUUUCCAGAAAGCACGAGCCUCUGAGAGUAUGUACUUCGGAGAAGUGAAGCAAAAGAAUCAAAUAGAGGAUAAGUUGAAAACAACACUGGAGGAAGUUGAAAGACUCACAGAAACAACUAAUGAACUUUGUGCAAAGCUUCAAGAUGAACGCAAGAAAAGAUUAGCCAUGGAGAAAACAACUUCCCAUUCAGACCGUAUUAUCAAGGAUUUGAUGUUGCAGCGUGACAAGGCAGUAAGAGAGGUAGAAGCACUACAUGCAAAGAAAGGAGAGUCUAGUGGAACCUCGGAGGGGACAAUGCACAUCACGGAGUUGUCCUGCUCGGAGAUUAACGGAGCAACCAACAACUUUGACCACUCACUGAAGGUUGGAGAAAGUGUUUAUGGAAGUGUGUACAAGGGCUUUCUUCGGCACACAAAUGUAGCUGUAAAGAAGUUGAAUCCUGAAAGCACACAGUCACAGUCGCAGUUCAAUCAAGAGAUAGAGAUUCUCAGCAGGGUUCGACAUCCAAACCUGGUGACUCUUAUAGGAGCUUGCAAGGACGCUCAAGCUCUUGUCUACGAAUACAUGCCCAAUGGAAGCUUGGAUGACCGCCUGGCUUGCAAAGACAAUUCUAAACCUCUCAGUUGGCAGUUGCGCACCCGCAUCAUUUCUGAUGUUUGCUCCGCGCUCAUCUUUCUCCAUUCUAAUAAACCCCAUAGCAUUGUCCACAGUGACCUUAAAGCAUUGAACAUUCUUCUUGAUGGAAACAAUGUAGCAAAGCUCAGUGGUUUUGGCGUGUGCCGAAUGUUCACUGAUGAGUUCAGGGGCAGAACCACUCUAUAUAAGCAUACCCACCCAAAGGGGUCUUUUGUGUACAUUGAUCCUGAAUAUGUUAUGACUGGUGACCUGACCCCCCUAUCUGAUGUAUACUCUUUCGGAAUCGUGCUACUGCGCCUUUUGACUGGAAGACCAGGAUUCGGGCUGUUGAAAGAUGUGCAACGGGCAGUGGAAAAGGGUUGCCUGGAAGCAAUUUUGGAUUCAUCUGCUGGGGGCUGGCCAGCUAUGCAGGCUGAGCAAUUGGCUCGGGUAGGUCUGAAAUGUUGUGAAAUCAGAAGAAAAAACCGCCCUGACCUGCAACCGGAGGUUUGGACUGUACUUGAACCAAUGUUGAAGUCUAGUUCCAUCAUUUUGUGUUCCUUAUCAUUUAAAUCAGUAUCCGAAGACCUUGGAGGUGUGCCGCCCUACUUCAUCUGUCCAAUACUACAGGAUAUCAUGAGGGAGCCUCUAAUUGCUGCAGAUGGUUUUACCUAUGAAGCCGAAGCUAUAAGGGAGUGA